GAAAUGAUCAAACGCGCAAAAGCCCGCAGAUUUAAACCUCAAACAACGAGUCUUUGGUCGUCUCGCCAUCUCCGUGUCCGUGCCCUUCCUCAUCUCCAACUCGAGCAGUUGCACCGACGAGCAGUUGCACCGAUCACUCGAGCAGGCAGCGCGAAGCCAGCAGCUGGUCGUCGGGCCAUGUCGAACGCCGACGUCGAGGCGGGAGGGCCUGGGAGAGAGGCGACGACGGGGAUCAAGCCACCGCCGGGGAGGUACAACUCGAGCGGUAACGGGCCGAACGCGGUGGCGCCGGCGCCGCCGCCGUUCUACUACUACGACCAAGGGGCGGCGGCGCAGGAUCGGCACCACCGGACGUGGGUGGUGCCGCUGGUGGUGAUCGCCAACGUGGCCAUGUUCGUGGUGGUGAUGUACUACAACAACUGCCCAGCCAACGGCCGAGACUGCGUCGGCCGCAGCUUCCUCCGGCGACUCUCCUUCCAGCCGUUCAGGGAGAACCCCGUCCUCGGCCCCACGGCCGCCACGCUGCGGAAGUACGGGGCGCUGGACUGGAACAGGGUGGUGCACGGCAACCAGGCGUGGCGGCUGGAGACGAGCACCUGGCUGCACGCCGGCCUCAUCCACCUCUUCGCCAACAUGAUCAGCCUCCUCAUCAUCGGCAUCCGCCUCGAGCAGCAGUUUGGAUUCUGGAAGGUCGGGCUGGUGUACCUCGUCUCCGGCUUCGGCGGGAGCGUCCUCUCCGUGCUCUUCAUCAGCAGGAAUGGCAUCACCGUCGGCGCCUCCGGAGCCCUCUUCGGCCUCCUCGGCGCGAUGCUCUCGGAGCUCAUCACCAACUGGACCAUCUACAGCAACAGAUGUGCAGCCAUGGCGAACCUGAUCAUCAUCGCCGCCAUCAACCUGGCGCUGGGUAUACUCCCCCGCGUAGACAACUUCGCGCACAUUGGAGGGUUCGCCACCGGGUUCCUCCUCGGCUUCGUGCUGUUGAUCCAGCCCCAGUUCGGAUGGUCGGCGCACCCCUCUGGUACCAAGUCCAGGUACAACGCGUUCCAGAUCGUGCUCCUGGUUCUCUCCGUGGCCUUGUUGAUAGCUGGGUUUGCAGCUGGGUUGAUCAGUGUAUUCAAGGGAGUCGACGGCAACGCUCACUGCAGCUGGUGCCAUUAUCUUACCUGCGUGCCAACCUCCAGCUGGAAAUGCGACAAAUGAACAGGAAAUCCAGCGACCUCUCACUGCAGGGGAGAAUGCCGCCCAGCCCAGCUCAAGAGGACACCAUCGAGAUAAAUAGUAGAUGAUAUAAUGUACUGAUAAUUGAGGCUGCCUUAUAAAUUUUACGCUGUAUAGAACCAGUGCCAUCCAUUCUUACCUGUAUUCGUCUGUGCGGUGUUGACAGUAGUACUAAUUCUGCUUGUAUAUGUUGAACUAUGUAAAGUUCCCCUGCCUUUUUUACUGGUCAAUCGGUCAGUUCCUGUCUAAA